AUUUGGGAGCAAAUGACGCCACAAGACCGUGCCAGCUACACGAACCGAGAAAAACAGUAGAGUUUAGUUUAUUAACCAUGUGAAACCAGUUCGGUUUGGUGGCUUGAAAUCCUUUGUCAAACCAACCAAUCUUAAUGGAAAAGGUCGCACUCCUUUCAUUUUCAAAAACCCUCUCUAAUCUUAUCUGCUUCCUCAGCCAGACAACUUGAAGCCUCGAAAAGCUCCUGUCCAGAAUCAACCUGUGUCCGAAACAGUAUGGAAGUCAAGCACAGGACAGCGCGCUCACUAGUUAAGAAACUAGGUUCUGUGUCCGAGAUAACACGGUCAGAAGCCUUAGCUGAGCUUCGCUUAAUGACCAAAAACGAUGCGGAAUCACGGCUGAUAAUUGCCGAAGCCGGUGCCAUCCCGUAUCUAGCCGAAACCCUUUAUUCUUCUUCUCACGACUCACAAGAUAAUGCAGCUGCUACUCUCUUGAACAUCUCUAUUUCUUCACGCGCCCCCUUGAUGUCAACGCGCGGCCUUCUUGACGCGAUCGCUCAUGUCCUCCGCCACCAUGCGACCAAUUCUUCACCCUCAGCUGUCCAAUCAUCUGCUGCUACGUUGCACAGCCUUCUUGUUGAUGAUUCGUACCGACCCAUUAUUGGGGCUAAGCGUGAUAUUGCUUAUUCCUUGAUUGAAAUAAUCAAGAGGCCUAAUUCGCCGCCGAGGUCUAUAAAGGAUGCGCUGAAAGCCCUUUUUGGGAUUGCUUUGUUUCCGUUGAAUCGGGCUGGUUUGAUUGAUUUAGGUGCGGCGGGGGCGUUGUUUUCGCUGGUUUUGAAGGAUGGGAGAGUGGGUAUUGUGGAGGAUACGACGGCGGUGAUUGCGCAAAUUGCAGGGUGUGAGGAGAGUGAGAGAGCAUUUUGGAAGGUUUCGGGGGUUAAGGUUUUGGAGGACUUGUUGGAUGUUGGGACGGGUUCGAGCGAGAGGACUAAGGAGAAUGCGGUUGGGGCAUUGUUGAAUUUGGUGAGGUGUGGAGGGGGAGGAGUGAUGAGGGAGGUGAAGGAAAUGAGACUGGGCGCAGUGGAGGGGAUCAAGGAUGUGAUGGAGAAUGGGACCGCGAAAGGGAAGAGCAAAGCGAUUGCAUUGUUGAAAGCUGUUGAGGGUGGAGCAAAGAAAUGGGAUUAAGUGGUUUGAGUCUCUUAAUUGAACUUUGAUCUAUAUGAACUAAUGGUUUCUUGGAUUGUAUUUUUAGUUAGUUAUUUUCAUAUUUGUUUGUUGUUACUUGUAGAUGGAAAUGUGUAAAUUAGGUGUUGAUUCAUAGUGAUACUUGAAAAGGAACAAAAUGCAGUGAUAGUGGAAGGAUUGUAGUUAUAUUCUGUUGAGAUUACUCUGGUUUGUGAAUUGUCUAACAGUUAACUUCAAUAAUGAGAAAGACGACAGUUGUCUUGUUUGUA